AAUGGCCCGGCACUCGGUUCUCUCUCUCUCUCUCUCUCUCUCUCUCUCUCUGUGUAACCUCUCAGUCACCGCCUAAUUUUACACAGCACGUUAGGGAGCAGACCAAGCAGACGGACCGGCUGAGCAGGAGGUUAAUCCGCACCUACCAACUCUACAGCCGUACCAGCGGAAAACAUGUGCAAGUCCUGGGCAAGAAAAUCAACGCGAAAGCGGAGGAUGGAGACAAGUACGCCAAGCUGAUUGUGGAGACAGAUACCUUCGGAAGCAGAGUCCGCAUUAAGGGAGCGGAGUCUGGCUUUUACAUCUGCAUGAACAAGCGGGGAAAACUGAUCGGCAAGCGAAGCGGCAAGAGCAAAGACUGUGUCUUCACUGAAAUCGUGUUGGAGAAUAACUACACGGCUCUGCAGAACGCCAAGUACGAAGGAUGGUUCAUGGCUUUCACCCGGAAAGGGAGACCCAGGAAAGGGUCGAAGACCAGGCAGCACCAGAGGGAGGUGCAUUUCAUGAAGAGAUUACCCAAGGGUCACCUGUCCUCUUUGGACAGCCACAGACACUUCGAGUUCAUCAACUAUCCUUUCCCCAGCAGGACUAAACGCACCAGACACUCCAGGCCUCGGUAGAAACAGCCACCGUCCCAAGGUCACCUCUCUCUCCACUGACCUUUACUCCAGACAAUGGAUGAACCCACUCUGUCUUUUUCUUUAAAAUAAAUGAGAUGCUUUAUUUUUCUAUUCAACUCCAACUGAUGGGACUACAUCACCCGGCGUUUGGGAAAAUAAUUCAGUCUGAAGUAAAGUUUAAAUAAUUUUUAGAGCAAGAGAAGGACAGGAACACACAAGAAUUCCGUGACAGGGAAAGGGAAAUCAUUCCAAACCUGAGCUGCUGGGCUGUUCGAUUCCUGAGUUGAGACGAGAGCUUGAGACUGAUUUAAAGUUGUAUAUAAUCAGUUAGUUAGCUAGCUAGAGUGGAAGAAUGAAAGAUGGAAGGUUCACUUUUAUUUUCCCAUGGUCUUCUUCAAAUGCUGCUUUGGAAAUGUCUUCACUUGAGAGUGAUGUCCUGGGGAAUGAAUCACCAAGAUAUUUACAAAAAAAAAUCUGCUGGACUUGAGUUUAUCCCUCAAUGUUGUUACCAGUCAUUCAUUGUCCAACUGCAUUCACUGAAUCUUAGAACAGACAUUGCAAACAAUUAUAACCUCAAACU